CGCUGCCACUGCUUUACCCACCGCCGCUGCCACUGCUGUACCCGCCGCCGCAUCUAUGACUGUGCCUGCCGCAGCUGCCACAUCCGCUGUGCCCACUGGCUAUAUAGCUGCCAUGCGGGCUGCGGCCUCACUCGCCGCACCCGUUACGGGUCCCGACGCGGACCCAUGGGAAGGGAUGCCCGCUCUAGUGCCUUCCGUGUCGUCAGCCGAGGCCGCCAUCACACCGGCCGCUUCCGCUUCUCCCAGCUUGGAUGAGCAACUGGUGACGCUGCGGAAACAACACGAGUUGCUGCAGCUACAACAACAAAUCCUCAAACUGCAGCAAGGGAUGGACGAAUUCCGAGCACCGAGGCAGCAAGUCAGCGACGUGAGUGUCAUCGAGAGCAUGGUGGCUCGGUUUUCAGCGGAUACCGCGUAUGAUGUAAAAAAAUGGUUGACCGACCUGGAGGACGCAUUCGAAAUCCUGCAGCUAAACGAUCGCCUACGUUUGGUCGCAUGCCGGCGUAUGUUAGAAGGGACGGCGGCGGUGCUGCUGCGCACAGUGUCGGUGCACAGCUACGAGGAGUUAAGGGCAAUCCUCUUGCGAGAAUUUGGACGCUCGCGCAGCACGGAGGAGGUGUAUCACGCUCUGCGGAGCCGGCGCAUCAAGGCCGGCGAGGGAUGUCUACGAUUUGCGAUUGAAAUGCAAGAGAUUGCUAUGAAUGCUCCGAUUCCGGAGAAUGAGCUGGUCGAUAUGAUUAUCGAUGGUUUGCGGGACAGCUCCACUCGAGUCGGCAUGCUGUACUCAGCGCGGACAAUGGCGGAACUGAAGCCACUCCUGGAACGCUACGAGCGCAUCCGUGUACAGGCUGUCGCCUCCAAACAAAGCAGUAGCGUGAAGGCGCAGCCAGCGACCAAUGCUGGAAACAAAUCGGUUGGCUCCCCCAUGAGUGAAACCAGAUGUUAUAACUGCUCGGGAUGGGGGCACUACAAGAGUCAAUGCCCGAAACCAAUUCGACCCCCGAAUUCGUGUUUUAAGUGUGGCAUAGUGGGCCACAUCUACAAGAACUGCCCGUCUCGGAUCGGUAAUGCCACCAAGACCACUGCUGCCGCCGCUGCUGAUGACUCGGGAGAUCGAGUAGACCAUCUACAAUGGCCCUAAAAGUUUUAUACGUUACUCUGAAGUCCCUUCCAACUGCCGUCUUAGACCCCAUAAAUUGAACUGCCGUGGGUUAGGAAACAACCAACUUAUGUCAUUAGGCCAAGUCCAGUGUAGGAUUAACCUCUGCAACACACAGACAAUACAUACGUUUGAAGUCCUGGCGAACCAAGCAACUGAACUGCCGAUGAUCAUAGGCAGAGAUCUCCUGUAUAAAAAUAAUAUUAGACUCUGUAAAAUGAAAGAACUGAAAUAUAAAAAAGAAUCAUUGAUACUCAUGAAUAAACCGACUGAAUGUAUAAAUCCAAAA